UUUUAAAUAAUUUCAGAGAGAAUGGCCGGAAAUUUAAAGGAGAAUGAUAUUGGGAGUAAAAUAGAGAUUCUUCCAUCCACUAUUGUAGAGGAUCCAUGUGCUGUUUAUAUAAAGGAAGAAGAUGUAAAAUGUGAAUUAAUUGAAACCCAAGGUGAAAUUGUUAAAGAUGAGGAAGUGUCACUGUCUAAUGAAUCUAAUAAGAGGAAGCAUCCCUGCGAUGAGUGUGAAUAUUCUUCUACUUGGUUAAAAGAUCUUAAAAGACACAAAGAAAGUGUACAUGAAGGAGUGAGAUAUUCUUGUGAUAUAUGUGAUUUCACUGCAACUAGAGUUAGUAAUCUUAAAAACCAUAUUGCUAGUAAACAUGAAGGAGUAAAAUAUCCUUGUGAUAAUUGUGAUUAUGCUGCAACUAUAGUAGGGGAUUUAAGAAGACAUUUUGAAAGUAAACAUGCAAGGGUUAGAUAUCCUUGUGAUAAAUGUGAGUACGCUGCAACUAGACCAAAUGUGCUUAAAAUACACAUCGAGACUAAACAUGAAGGGUUAAGAUAUCCAUGUAAUCAAUGCGACUAUGUUGCAACUACUAAGAAUGUUCUUAAAAAGCAUCUUCAAAGUAAACACGAAGGAGUGAGAUAUCUGUGCAGUCAAUGUGAGUACGCUGCGACUAGACCAAGCCAUCUUAGAAGACAUAUCGAAAUCAAACAUGAAGGAAUAAGAUACCCUUGUAAUUAUUGUGAGUAUUCUGCGACUACAGCAAGUCAUCUUCGAACACAUAUAGAGCGAAGACAUAAAAAAAUAAAUUAAAAUAAAUAAUUAAAAGAGUA